GGACCUGGAUGAUGACUGGGAACGGGGUGAUGCACAACGGAACGACCAUCCUGGACGAAUACGGCCACAACCUGGACCGUCUGAAGGCGGGUGACACGGUGGGCGUGGUGCGCAAGGAGGACGGGACGUUGCACUUCUUUGUGAACGGGGUGGCACAGGGCCCAGCCGCAUGGAACGUCCCGCCCAACGUCUAUGCCGUCGUGGAUCUGUACGGGCAGGCGGCCCAAGCCACCAUCAUGGACGACACAGGGACCUGGAUGAUGACUGGGAACGGGGUGAUGCACAACGGAACGACCAUCCUGGACGAAUACGGCCACAACCUGGACCGUCUGAAGGCGGGCGACACGGUGGGCGUGGUGCGCAAGGAGGACGGGACGUUGCACUUCUUUGUGAACGGGGUGGCUCAGGGCCCAGCCGCCUGGAACGUCCCGCCCAACGUCUAUGCCGUCGUGGAUCUGUACGGGCAGGCGGCCCAAGCCACCAUCAUGGACGACACAGACCCCCUUCCACUUCCUGACGACCUCUCGGGAGGAAACAACCAGCUGUCUCCCAGCAGUCCUUCCUCCAUUGCCUCCGGGAGCGACUUGCGUUUCCACCACCUUCACGGCAACAACGCCGUCAUUACCAACGGCGGGCGCACAGCGCUGCGGCAGAACUGCCGGAGCGAGUUCAACGAUGCCAUCGUUAUCUCAAACCG